AGUCAUUGCUGUAACACUGUGUGAAGAGACCAGAAGAGGGGAAAUACAAUCUGAGAACUAAACUGCCAAAGCCUAACACCACCUAGCAACAGUUGAAAAAACUUUUAAACAAAAGUCUGGGUGAGACACAGACAGAGUAUACCUCCUACUUCUCCUGCCUGGGAUUUCUGCGAGAAGCAGCUCCGGUCUUCUGCUCUCUACCUUGUUUCCUUCAUUACUUCAACUGCUGGUAGACCCAGAAAAGUGGGGAAAGUUUCUGUCUUUGUGUUCUCCUGAGCUGGAUCGUUUUACUCCUGUGGUAGUGCUGUGGGACAGGCUACUGUGAUCUUGCAGUGUAAAGGAUAUAUUCCUAGGUCCGUGUUGCUGACAGGCAGGGAUGAGGUCCCGAAACCAAGGUGGAGAAAGCUCGUCUAACGGGCACUUCUCCAGUUCCAAGCCUGUCAUCAGCCAUGCAGAGAAUGAAAAACUUCAGGAGGAUGCCAAGAAAAAGAACAAACCUCAUCGGAAGGAAGAUGAGGUCAUGGUUUCAGCAACUGUCAAACGGCACUCAAAAUCACCCGGUCCUAGUGAGCGAAAGAACAAGAAGUCCAUAGAGCUUUCUAAAGAAGACUUGAUAAAACUACUCAGUAUAAUGGAAGGAGAAUUGCAGGCAAGAGAGGAUGUGAUCCACAUGCUGAAGACAGAGAAAACCAAACCUGAAGUUUUAGAAGCUCAUUAUGGUUCUGCAACUCCAGAGAAUGUGCUUCGAGUGCUACACAGGGAUGCCAUCCUUGCCCAAGAGAAGUCUGUAGGGGAAGACGUCUACGAGAAACCGAUUUCAGAGCUGGACAGACUUGAAGAAAAGCAGAAGGAGACGUACCGGCGCAUGCUGGAACAGCUCCUGUUGGCAGAGAAGUGCCAUCGCCGCACCGUUUACGAGCUAGAGAAUGAGAAACAUAAACAUACUGAUUACAUGAACAAGAGCGAUGACUUUACCAACCUCUUGGAACAGGAGCGGGAGAGGUUGAAGAAACUUCUUGAGCAGGAGAAGAUCUAUCAAGCCCGGAAGGAGAAGGAGCAUACAAAGAGAAUCAGUAAACUAAGAGAAGAACUAGUCAAGCUCAAAUCAUUUGCACUCAUGCUGGUGGAUGAAAGACAAAUGCAUAUUGAACAACUUGGUCAACAAAGCCAGAAAAUACAGGACUUAACCCAAAAACUAAAGGAAGAAGAAGAAAAGCUUAAAAUUAUUAGUGCAAAAACAAAAGAAGAUGGACAAAAACUGAUGAAAUUAGAGGCAGAACUUGAACACAAAACAUCAUCAUUUUGUCAAGAACAUGAGGAGAUGACUGCUAAACUGGCUAAUCAAGAGUCACAUAAUAGACAACUAAGGCUCAAGCUAGUGGGGUUGACUCGCAGAAUAGAGGAGCUAGAAGAAACUAACAAAAAUCUUCAGAAAACUGAGGAGGAACUUCAAGAAUUAAGAGAUAAAAUAGCAAAAGGGGAAUGUGGGAACUCUAGCUUAAUGGCAGAAGUGGAAAACCUCCGCAAGCGCGUGCUUGAAAUGGAGGGGAAAGAUGAAGAGAUCACAAAAACCGAAUCCCAGUGCAAAGAGCUGAAAAAUAAACUGCAAGAGGAAGAGCAUCAUAGCAAAGAGUUGAAACUUGAAGUGGAAAAACUGCAGAAAAGAAUGUCAGAAUUAGAGAAGCUGGAAGAGGCUUUCAGUAAAAGCAAGUCGGAAUGCACUCAGCUACACUUAAACUUGGAGAAAGAAAAAAAUUUGACUAAGGAUUUGAUAAAUGAGUUGGAAGUGGUGAAGACUCGAGUGAAGGACCUUGAGACAUCUGAAAGCAAGUUGGAAAAGGCUGAAAUAAGCUUAAAAGAUGACCUUACGAAGCUGAAGUCAUUUACUGUAAUGUUGGUUGAUGAGCGAAAAAAUAUGAUGGAAAAAAUAAAGCAGGAGGAAAAAAAGGUUGAGGGCCUAAACAAGAAUUUUAAAGUUGAACAAGGGAAAGUUAUGGAUGUAACAGAGAAAUUAAUAGAAGAAAGUAAGAAAUUUUUGAAACUGAAAUCUGAAAUGGAAGAAAAAGUAUCUAGUUUGACAAAGGAAAGGGAUGAGUUAAUUGGCAAACUGAGAAGUGAAGAAGAAAAAUCAUCUGAAUUAAGCUGUAGAGUUGACCUGUUAAAGAAAAGAAUUGAUGGUAUGGAGGAAGUAGAAAGAGAAAUUACAAGAGGUCGAACUAGGAAAGGAGCAGAGCAUGGUUGUCAUGAGGACAACAAGAUUAAGGAACUUACCAUUGAAAUCGAACGAUUGAAAAAACGUCUCAAACAACUGGAAGUGGUUGAAGGAGAUUUGAUGAAGACUGAAGAUGAGUAUGAUCAGCUAGAGCAGAAAUUUAGGACUGAGCAGGAUAAAGCUAAUUUUCUUUCUCAACAGUUGGAGGAGAUGAAACUCCAGAUUGCCAAAACGAAAGCAAUAGAAAAAGGAGAAGUGGUGAGCCAGGAAGCAGAGCUGAGGCACAGGUUUCGUCUGGAAGAGGCCAAAAGCAGAGAUUUGAAAGCAGAAGUUCAAGCACUUAAGGAAAAAAUCCAUGAGCUCAUGAACAAAGAAGACCAGCUUUCUCAGCUCCAAGUCGAUUAUUCAGUUCUACAGCAAAGGUUUAUGGAAGAGGAAAACAAAAACAAGAGCAUGGGGCAGGAAGUUUUGAAUCUGACAAGAGAGCUGGAGCUUUCUAAGCGUUACAGCCGUGCUCUGAGGCCCAGCAUGAACGGGAGAAGAAUGGUUGAUGUUCCUGUGACGUCCACUGGCGUGCAGACAGAUGCUCUAAGCAAUGAAGCAGCAGAAGAAGAAACUCCAGCAGUGUUUAUAAGGAAAUCCUUCCAGGAGGAGAAUCAUAUAAUGAGCAAUCUGCGACAGGUAGGUCUGAAAAAACCCAUGGAGCGUUCUUCAGUUCUUGAGAGAUAUCCUCCGGCAGCAAAUGAGCUUGCUAUGAGGAAAUCCUGGAUACCAUGGAUGAAAAAGAGGGAAACUGGAGCUCAGACAACGCCUGAUAAAGGAGCCCGAAGCCACAGUAGUCCAGCACAUCCCGGGGAGGUUGUCCUUUCACCAAAGCAGGGUCAACCUCUUCAUAUUCGGGUGACACCAGACCAUGAGAACAGUACAGCAACUUUGGAGAUAACCAGUCCAUCUGCAGAGGAAUUUUUUUCAAGUACCACUGUCAUUCCUACUUUGGGAAAUCAGAAGCCACGAAUAACCAUCAUUCCUUCCCCAAAUGUUAUGCCACAAAAAGGAAAAGGCAGUGAAAGUCCCAUGGGCCCAGAUCGUUCCAUGUCUCCAGUCACUAUAACAACAUUCUCCAGGGAAAAGUCCCCAGAGGGAGGGAGAGCACCCUUCGCUGACAGACCUGCAUCGCCAAUUCAGAUCAUGACAGUAUCGACAUCUGCAGCGCCGGCAGAAAUCUCUGUCUCUCCACAGUCACAAGACAUGACCAUGGGCAGGGCUGUCUUCAAAGUCACGCCAGAAAAGCAAACCGUCCCAACUCCAAUCCGCAAGUACAAUGCCAAUGCCAACAUUAUUACAACAGAAGACAACAAAAUCCACAUCCACUUGGGCUCCCAGUUCAAACGUUCUCCCAGUGCCGCGCCCGACGGCGCGAGCCCUGUGAUAACAGUCCGACCGGUGAACAUCGCGGCAGAGAAAGAGGUGGUCACCGGUACUGUUCUUCGAUCACCUCGCAGCAACCUGUCCCCACGACCUGCAGCCAGCAAGGUGACAAGUACUAUCACCAUCACACCUGUUACAACAUCUUCCACACGAGGAACACAAUCAGUGACAGGACAGGAUGGGUCAUCCCCGAGACCUACACCCACCCGCAUUCCUGUCUCAAAAGGUAUGAAAGCAGGAAAGCCAGUAGUGGCAGCCCCAGGAGCAGGAAAUGUGACAAAAUUCGAGCCUCGUGCUGAGACUCAGUCUAUGAAAAUAGAACUGAAGAAAUCUUCAGCCAGCAGCUCUGCCUCCCUGGGCGGGGGUCAGGGCUGAUGGCAGUGGCUCAGGGGGGGCUGCACAACAAAAAUGUGUCUAAAGAAAAAUGAAGUCUAAAGAGCUGGAAUCAGGCAGCUGGUUAAACUGUUAGCUAAAACCAGGUAUUUUGUUAUACUCAAAACUUUUGACAUCUGUUUUAAUUGAUCUAAUAUUCUUGUUUCCUGAAGGUAGAAGAAGGGUAAGAUGGGAAGAAAGCCUAUAGUUCAGAAGCCUUAAAAGUUCAAGCCUAACUAUUUGUAUUACACUGAAAUUACCUCUGAAGACAGUUAUGUUUAAUGAAUACAGUAAGACACUCCAUUCAGUAGGUCAGCUCCAAAAGGCAAUUUAAACAACCAAAUCUAAAAACAAUGCCGAAGCCCAAGAGGAAUCCUGAAGAUCUUCCUGCUGUUCUUCCACAGACCUUAUCUAGUCAGUGUUUCUAUUAUGACUUAAAUGUAGCAUUGCAUCUGCUGUACCUCAUUGAGAUCCAUAAUGCAGGUAUUCUUGUAUUUCCCCCGAGGCUUUUAAGUCAAACCAGGAUUUCAUGGUCACUUAAAGUCAGGAUAUAACUCCACACUCGACUGAAAAGCUCUAGUCCUGUCUUUGUCACCUCCAGGCAAGAAAGUACUCACUGACUAUAUGGUUGUCCUUUGAGCUGGCAAAAGUAUUUGAAUUUAACUGGGAAACUGAUCUGAAUGAAAAGGAAUCUGGCAAAAAAGCGUAAAGGCUGGCUUUAACAUAACUUAGUGCCAGGCUCACAGGCCAGAAAAAGAAAGAAGGAGGGCACAGGAAACCAGUUGGUGUUUUAAAAUGACUCUAGGAUCAUGAAUGCCUUCUAGUAGAUCAAAUACCACACAAAUGCAGGGGUAGUGCUGCUUAUUUUCAAAAGCUUUUGAUUGAAACCUUUUUUCAAAGGUAGGAGACAGUAUCUGAGGAGACUCAAAUCCACAUCAGCUGCAGGCAGGUUCACUAGUAGCACUGACAGCUGAGGAGGAAGAAGGUGGCAUUCUCAUUCCCUCCUGGAAAGGCUGUGCCGUUCUGCAUGGAAUGCUUCAGUAUUUGCUGAGCAGAAACAAGGGAAUGGUUGAGGGGUCAGGAUAUUGAACUAGGAGGGAGCCCCCCCCCAGAUCUGUGUCCCUGUUCCAAAGGCUGCCUUUGAGCCUGACCCUGUUGAAAAGGAGGCUUAUAAGAUGAAGUGUCUGUGCUCAUCCAUCCUUCCAUCUCUCCUUCCCUAAUGAAUAACACUGAAUAACCAACCAAUUUCAUGCAAACCUGGCAGAGCGAUAGGGAUGUCCAGAAUAAGAAGUUUUUCCAGCUUAAUGAAAAGGACGACAGAGAAGAGGAGCAAGACCUUAGCAGUGCCUCACUGUGUGGAAGAGUAGGGCAUGAGCUCACCUUCAUACAGCAUCAAAGAAUGAACACAAGAUGAUGUCACAAAUGCCACAAGGACAAGCAUUGUUCAGACCUCAGAUUUUACUAGGCACCAAAGAAUCAAUCUCUGACACAUCCAAAGGAUAAUAUUAGGGCUUUAUUUACAGGGCUUUUGUGUAUUCUACAUUACUGGAUUACAACGCGUAAUAAACUAAGCCUUCCUAAAUGAUCAUUUGGAAUCACUCAUCCUUAUGCUUUCUCUCUCUUAACUUUUUUGUCAUUUUGUUUGGGUUUUUUGUAAUGAAGUGGAACAAUUUCAGCAGCAAAAUAAUGCACUCAGAAUCAUGAUAGUUACAAUGCUGUGUCAGGAACUAAGAUGACUGAGUAAUCUUUGUACUUCUAGUCAUAUUCAGUGUCAGCUGGAGAGAAGCCCUGUUUUGGCUGAUGACAUGGCCGUGUUUGCAGUUGUGAUAACUCAAGCCCAGCAGCAGUAAUAUAUGGCUUAGCAUCAGUAGUAAGGUGGAGAGGGGGAAGAGCAGGCAAAAUGCCAGCCUGUUCAUGAGCAGCACACAUGGAUUGAGAAGGUGCACCCUGUCAAUCAAGAUCAUCUCUCUAAUUUUAAGUCUAGUUACCAGCAAGUUUUCUACUGUGUUCCUGAGUUACAUCCCAUCACCAGACUUAGUGCUACAUAGGGGUAUUGCUAAUGUAGUCAUUAGUAGAUCAAUACAUUUGAGUAAGUGUGACUGAAAAAGGAGCACGGAGCUUCAACUGUAAUGCCUAGAGGGAUUUCUCUCAGAACAGUAAACAUCCUAAGCAAAUGGUAGAAGAAAAACAGAGAUUUUUAUUUACUUUACUCACCUUUUUUCCUUUUGUGACACGUGUUAGUGUGAUUUUUCAAAAACCAAACACUGUGACUCUUUGUAAUAUGCCCAUGGAGAACAGGUCACUGUAUUUAAACCUCAAACCACUUGUAGCACAUAUUAAUUAUCACUAUGGGAGUAAUCACUAAAGCCACAUUAAUAUGUUGAUCCAUGCUAACAGGAUACCAAGUCAUAUGUCACGGCUUGAAAUAUGCCAUAUAGAUUCUAAAAUAUUCUCAAUAUUUACAUGAAUAUUCAGUAAUUUUGAUCAAAUGAGGAACAGCAGGUCUUUAAAUAGAGUAAGCUACUGUCCAGCUGGGUUUCAGGUACUUGGCAUAAGCUGCAACAGUCAGGACAAUAUUCAGACCAAUUAUAUGUUCCCAUCACACAUCAGUGGCCAAUUUCAUUGACUUGCUUUGAAACACAGUUUGCUGGCAGGAGUUUUUGUGAGCUCAUCUUUUGAACUUGCUUUCAUUUAGGGGAAUAGUUUUCUCCCCUGAGUCAGUGUGAGUUAUGCUCUUGUUAUUUUGCUUGAGCUCUUUCGGGCAAAAUUAUAUGCAAUAUUUCUCAUUAUAGAUAUUAACUUCACUUUGAAUCUUACUCCCUACACAUGCUCUUACCAUGGCUUUUUUUCCUGAAAACAUAACCAGGGUUAACUACUGUCAGGUGCAGAGCUAUCAGCUCUGAGGGUAUGAAAGACUCAGGUGUGAAUGGUUCUCUAAACAAAAAAAACCUCUCCUUGGGAUUUUAAAAACAGAAAUACUGAUGUAUGAUUCUCUUCUGUUGCUUGGGUGUGCAUUGUCUGUGGUAGAUUCAUUUUUGUAUUAUCUGGUGAUACUUGUAUAUAUUGUAAGGAGAAAUUAAACUUUAUAUCUUAAAAUGUCACUUGAUGUGCUUCAUUAUGUGAACUGGUAUCCUGAUAUGUUUCCUCAAGAAGUUCUGCUUUACAUCAGUAGGACUGAAAGCACAACUAGCUGUUUUACAUUAACUUAAUUUUCUUUUUCUGUCAUUAAAAUAAAUUGUUUUAUUUAAGUGAAUACUUAGCUCCUUGAAAUAUUCCAAUCUAGAACCCUAGAAAAAAUUUAUUUAAUAAUAUCCUUCAAAUAUAAUCAUAUUCCUACAGAGGGUGGCCCAAAAGAACUCUGACAAAAUUGGCCCUACUAUAAUUUUAGCUCAGUAACUGUUCAGACACCUCUUUUAGUAACUACACGUGUGUGUGUGUGUACAUAAUAUAUAUAUUCAUACAUACAAAUCAAUAUGUAAGGAUGUCAAGUAGAAACAACUGAGACAAACUUAGAGUGUGUGUUCUCUAGGUGUGUGAGAAAUGAAUGAAAGAUAAAUAUCAGUGGAAAUUAUUUGAUUUUUUAAAAAAUUAUUUUUUCUCCUACUUUUUUCUGCACAACUACUCUUUGGGUUUGUAGGAGAAAGGUGUCUGGUUCAGACAUUGACUGUAGUUUUGCUGUUUAUUCAGUGACUGAGCCUUAACAAGGAGCAUGAUAUUUUUCUGCUGCCAAUUUUUUUAGAAUUUUGUGUCCUUAUUAAAUGUGCACAGUGAAUAUUAAUUUUUUUCUUAAAAAAUACUUUUAAUAUUAAGAAAAUAAUUUGUAAAUGUACAUCAUAUUCCACAAGAGCUUCAAGUUAGAACAGCACAGUUAGAACAGUAAGGUAAAAUCGUGUAAUAGUUUGUGGUUCUUUCACAUUCACUGCUCAGAUAUGGUGGAACUGGUGUACAUUUCUUGUUGAAAAUAUUUUGUUAUUGAUAAAUUUUAUGAAAAAGAAAUACUUUCAAUUUGGGAAAUUCUAUUAUUUCAUUUGCCUUAACGUAUUUUAUUGGACGUUGCCUCAGCCCUGCUCUUACUUCACCACAACUGAAAAGCAGCACUGGGAUCUGCCAUCUAGUGGCAAACUUCUGGCAGUAAGAGUACAUGGAAAACAUUUUCAUUUUUCUUUCUUAGAAUACAACUUCAUGAAACACCUUGCAAAUAUUAAUUAGGAAGCAGAUAAAGGAAUACAAAUGUAGAAGGCAAAAAUUAUAUCAAUACUGUCAUUUCUUGGGUCCUGUAAAUUUUGAAAAAUCUUCAGGCUAUUGAGAAAGGAAGGUAACAAAAGUAAUUUCAAUUAAGAUGAAUAUUUCUGAAAAUGUAUAACUGUUGCUUGAAUUAGUAUUGGUACAGUCACAUUAUUUGAAAUGCAUAAAAUACACCUCUUUGGAGAAAAAUGUUAAUUGACAGUUAAAUUGUUAUAUUUAAAAAGUUGCCUGUAAGAGCUGUAUAUAUAGAAGAACAGAAGACCAGGCCAUUAGUACUUCAGUAGAUUAAUCAGGGUCAAGGACCUCUGAUACUACACACAGGACAAAAUUAAAUCCAGCCUUUUAAAGAAAAUGCCGAGACAGUUUUGCAUGCCGUGGCUGAAAUUUAUCCCCAUUAAGGUCAGUAGCAAAAUUCAAGACAACUUGCUGAAUAAAUACAGCAUAGGUUUAUAAACCAAGUUUAAAUUAAAAAUUGAGAAAUGACCCCCUAGCUCUUCCUCAUCCCUAUUUAUGAAUUGCCACCAGAUUUGUGAAGAAGUUGCUUAGACAAUGUAUUAGACGCCCAACUCUAAGUCUUUCUCUAUCGAGUUUGGAUGUGGAACUGGAACUUUGGUGUCCCUCUGCUUUAGUCCAUUCAACUGUAUUACUCCUUUUUCCCUAUGGACAACCAAAUGAUUCUGUUGACAUUGAAGUGGAAACCAAGGCCCUCUGAGCCCUCGACAGGUACUAAUUUAGUUUCCCCUUGUAGCAUUAGCCAGGACACUUUUAUCAAGCAGUGAUGUGAGAGUGAGUUUGUGAGACUUUUUUAGAAAAAUGCCUUGCACUGCCUUUGUAGUUGUUCUUUAAAGUAAGCUGCACUGCGUUUGUAGUUUCAUAAACCCAAAUGUUUUGCUCUCUUUU